CUCCAAUACAAAUACAAAAACAAACCAACCGCACCUCGCCUGACCUCAGAGCGCAAUUCCAAAAACAGAGUCCUACUCAACUUACUUCCUUACCUCUAUUAUUAUUAUUACCAAGUAAUAUCUUUCUUUUUAUAUCUGGCUCAAGUUCUUCUCUUUGGCAGAAUCUUUAUUUAACAGCUCCAUAGCUUAUUUGAGUUAUGUGUCACCCCAAACCCUCUUCUCCGUUAUCUUCAUUUCUCUGUUUCAAGACAGCCCUUCUCAUGAAUCACAGGAAACCGGUCGAUCCUCAUUAUCCUGAAGAUCAACAUGAACUUCACAGAUGGCCAACACCUUCAGAGGUUUUAGAGGAAGUCAAGGCCAUAGGGAAGAUAUCCGGUCCAACAGCCCUAACGGGUCUUCUUCUCUACUCCAGAGCCAUGAUCUCCAUGCUUUUCCUGGGAUAUCUCGGGGAGCUUCAGCUUGCAGGAGGAUCGCUCGCGAUCGGCUUCGCCAACAUCACAGGUUACUCUGUGAUCUCCGGCCUAGCCAUGGGAAUGGAACCCAUUUGCGGUCAAGCUUAUGGUGCCAAACAAUGGAAGCUUCUUGGCCUGACACUUCAGAGGACGGUCCUCCUCCUCCUCUCAACUUCGAUACCCAUCUCUUUCAUGUGGCUCAACAUGAAGAACAUCCUAUUACUGUGUGGCCAAGACCAUGAGAUCUCUUCUAUGGCCCACACUUUCAUCCUCUUCUCUGUCCCCGAUCUCUGCUUUCUCUCUCUCCUCCACCCUCUACGAAUAUAUCUCAGGACUCAAAGCAUUACAUUACCAUUGACUUACUGUACUGCCAUAUCUGUUCUUCUCCACGUGCCUUUAAAUUUCAUCCUGGUCGUCAAAUUACAAAUGGGUAUUUCAGGGGUUGCCAUAGCCAUGGUUUGGACUAACCUUCAUCAAUUCCUUUUGCUCGGCGGCUUUGUUUAUUUUUCUGGGGUUUAUAAGGACUCCUGGGUCAGUCCCAGCAUUGACUGCUUGCGCGGCUGGUCCUCGCUGCUGUCUAUGGCGGUUCCCACUUGUAUUUCCGUUUGCCUCGAGUGGUGGUGGUACGAGUUCAUGAUACUGCUGUGUGGACUGCUCGGUAAUCCAAAAGCCACCGUUGCUUCAAUGGGGAUUAUGAUUCAGACCACUUCAUUGGUCUAUGUCUUCCCCUCCUCCCUGAGCCAAGGCGUCUCAACCCGGGUCAGCCACGAGUUGGGCGCCAACCGGCCUGGCAAAGCCCGCAUUUCCAUGAUUGUGUCCAUGGCCCUGGCGGUCUUUGCGGGUCUAACUGCAAUGAUAUUCACAACCUCGAUGAGGUAUCAAUGGGGCCGGCUGUUCACCGAUGACGCGGAAAUACUGAAGUUAACUGCGAUAGCAUUGCCUAUCGUUGGGCUUUGUGAGCUAGGAAACUGCCCCCAAACCACUGGGUGUGGGGUUCUCCGAGGCAGUGCUAGGCCGACCGUCGGAGCUAACAUAAACUUGGGGUCUUUCUACUUGGUGGGGAUGCCAGUGGCUGUAUUCAUUGGCUUCUUCCUGAAAUUGGGGUUUCCGGGUCUCUGGUUAGGUUUGCUUGCAGCCCAAGGGUGUUGUGCCUUACUCAUGAUUUACGUUCUGUGCACAACGGAUUGGAGGCUUCAGGUAGAGAGAGCAAUCAAUCUCACAAAAGAUGAACAAUAUUGUGACGACGACACCAGGAGUACUAAUUAUAAUAAUAUUAAUAAUCUAAACAAUAACAACAACAAAAAUGAAAAUAUUGAGGGUCCACCCUUGGAAACAAUAUCUUCGUCUACGUCAGCACCAGAUGAUUCUAUGAUAAUCAGGGAAAGAAAUCACAACAAGCGUGGUACAAAUGAUCUUGAAGAGAUCAUAGUUGUAUGCAUAAAUGAUAAUGAUGAUGAUGGUGAUGACGAGGACGACGAUCUUCCGUUCAACUCAACAGAGUCUCCGGAAACUUACCCCCUACUCAUAUCUCAAGCUACACGGACGUAGUAAUAGUGAUAUAUCACAGUAUUGGCGACGGACCACACCGGUGGCACGUUUGUUAUAUUUAUCAUAUAUCAUAAAUAAUUUAAUAUAAUCUCUGCGAUGUAAUUUUAUUUUCUACUACUUCUUCUUCAUUGUCUGAGUGUUGAGUGUUGUGAUAUGUAUUAGCAAUAAUCAUGUUGUAAAAAUAGGAUGAGAGAAUAAUCUCUUUAAUCUCAAGUGGCUUAAAACAAUAUUAAUAAUAGUAACAACGUUGUACUUGUUCAUGGUAAAUAUAUAUUAUUUAAGAGUAUGCGUAAUAUAA